AUGUUCUCGCCAGCCGUUGGCAGAGUCGCUCGCUCUGCAAACACCUUCUCUGCUGCGCCUUAUGCCGCGCUAAAUGCAUGUGCCCGCUCUGCGCUGAGCACAAGCACUGCACCGCAACAGCCUUUCCGGCCGAGUCACCAGCGCCGCUACUCGUCGUCCAAGCCCUCGACCCCCGCAAACAACAAGAAGAAGCCCGCCGAAUUAGAUCAGAAUGCUACAGCAGAACUUCAGGGUGCAGGACAGAAGACCAAGGGGCAGAAGAAGCUGAAACAGCCUUCGACUGCGACCUUGGGCAACAAUGUGCCCUUUGUGCCGCCGACCAACCACCUCCGGGAAGAUGAUGUCAAGUUAUCGGCCUUCUUCGGUCUCCACCGCCCCAUUUCUAUUUCGCGCGCGUUCCCCAACUCGACCUCGACCGCCGAAUUUGACGCCUUCUUCGACGUGGACCGAGCUAGUCAGGUUGAGAGGAUAGAGGCAACCAAGAACGUACUCAGCGGAUUCCUCGAGCGCAUGCAUGCCGAGAUUGAUGCGCAGGAGGAGCAACGAGCUGAUGCGACACAGUCGGACCAGCAGGUAUAUCACCUUGAUGUUCAACCGACACAACACAGCGUAGAGAGUUGGGCAGCUCGUCUCGUUCCCUUUCAGCCGCCGGCACCACCCGAGCCGUACGACCCCCUGGCAACGGAACCUGAGACUGAUUCAUACUCGGCUGAGGGUCUCUCAGCUAGCAUUAACCAGCGUAUAACUGAAGUCACGUUACCUUCAGAAGAGAGCAAACCAAGAAGCUUCCGGCAACAUGUUGCAAAACGAAGAUUUGGAAUGUAUCUGAUUAGUGUAAAGAGGCAAAGGAAGCUCAAGAUGAAGAAGCACAAGUACAAGAAGCUCAUGAAGAGGACGAGGCUGUUGCGGAGGAAGUUGGAUAGGACAUAG